GAGGGAACUAUUUAGUGCAAUUUUGCAAAGAAGGGAUUCUUUAGCGCCAAUAAUAAACCAUUAAAAGUUACUGGAAGCCUCAAAGCAUAGAUAUAGGCAAAAACUCUUCCUUUUCUUUCAGCUGAGGGAGAGAGAGGCCAAAUCGACUCGAUCAUAAACACAGACCAACACUCUCUGUAUCUCCCAGCUGGGUUUAGGGUUUCAGGGAGAUUAGUCCGAUUAAUUGCUCUCAAAUCAAUCAUCGAUUUAAAAUGGCCCAAAGUGGAAAAUUAAUGCCCAAUCUCGACCAAAACAGUACAAAGAUCCUUAAUCUUACUGUCCUUCAGAGGAUGGAUCCUUAUAUCGAAGAGAUCUUGAUCACUGCCGCUCACGUCACCUUCUACGAGUUCAACGUCGACCUAAAUCAAUGGAGUCGCAAGGAUGUUGAAGGGUCUCUCUUUGUCGUUAAGAGGAACACUCAGCCAAGGUUCCAGUUUAUAGUAAUGAAUAGGCGAAAUACAGAAAACCUUGUGGAAAAUCUGCUAGGAGAUUUUGAGUUUGAACUUCAAAUUCCAUAUUUGUUGUAUCGAAAUGCUGCUCAAGAAGUCAAUGGUAUUUGGUUCUACAAUUCACGUGAGUGUGAAGAUGUUGCAAAUUUAUUUACCAGGAUACUUGGCGCAUAUUCAAAGGUUCCCCCCAAGCAGAAGGUGAACAAAAGUGAAUUUGAGGAACUUGAAGCUGUACCUACAUCUGCUGUAAUUGAAGGACCAUUGGAACCAGGGUUGACCAACACUCGGUCAACCGAUGUACCUGAGGAUUCUUCAUUUGUCAACUUCUUUAGUACGGCUAUGAAUUUGGGACACAAUCCUCCAAAUCAAGUAGUCAAUUCCAUUCCGACUUACCACAACUCAACUCCAAUUCCAUUACCAUCUCGUGACACCCCUUCCCCCAUCCCAAACAAUCCACCACCACCACCACCAUUACAAAAUCCCUCAUCUGACAAUUCCAAUUCCGACCACCCUGUCAACACCACCACCAACAACCAUGUAACUAAUCUUAUAAAACCUCUUUCUUUCUUCACACCUUCUUCUUCUACACCUUCACCUUCACCAUUAAUGAGACAACCUUCUUCAUCUGUCCCUGUUUCCGCCCUUCAACCGCCUCUCAAUGUACAAAGAAACGUUGGAAUCCCGUUGCUUCAACCCUUUCCGCCUCCCACUCCACCACCAUCACUGACUCCGGCUUCUAAUUCCGCCCCGUUUUAUGGACCGUUGACUAGGGAAAAAGUUCGAGAUGCACUUGUAAUGCUUUCACAGGAUAACCAAUUCAUUGACAUGUUCUACCAAGCAUUACUUAAAGUUCAUCAAUCAUAACAUACUUGAACAACCAUUAUUGUAAGAUUGCUUUAAUUGCAUAUAUCAUCUUCCAAAUCACCACAAACAUGCCGCCGUUUCUCCUCCCUUUUCCUCCACUAGCCGCCUGUUCAACAUAGUUUCUGAUAAAUGUCUUAGAAAAAGAGAAGUUGGAUUUUGA